CUGUUCUUCACUCUUUUUGUCUUGUCCCACAGAGAGCACCACAGGCACGUUACUACAGGCGGUUUCUACGGUGUCCUCGCCGGCUUUGUAGUUUAAGUACUGCACAACUACAUCGAAGGAAUCACGGAAGAGUUGAGGAUGUCGUCGUACAUGCAGAAUGUCGGCGUGAAGUUGUUCGCAAAGCAUAUCGAGGAGUAUGCUCCACAGGACCCGAUGUAUGAGGUCUACACGGAUGAGCGGGGUAGACAGAAACGCAGAAGGCGCGAAAUUCCUCCUGGUCUAUCCCAGCGCGAUGCUAAAAUACUGAAAUCUGUCCAACGCCGUGCCCAUUACCUUGACAAAUCCUUCUCUUUCUGUGGCCUUCGCUUUGGGUGGGCCGUCAUCAUCGGUCUUAUUCCUGCUAUUGGCGACUUUGCAGAUUUCAUCCUCUCAUACUUUCUCGUCCUGCGCAAAGCACGGCAGGCAGAGUUACCUUGGUGGCUGGUCAGGAGGAUGUUGUUGAAUUGUAUCAUUUCGGCAACUGCAGGCGUCGUUCCUGCUAUUGGCGAUGUGAUUGUCGGCAUGUACAAGGCGAAUUCAAGGAAUGCGAUAUUGUUGGAAGAGUUUUUGAGGAUAAGGGGAGAGGAGUUUCUGAAGGUGCAAGCGGAGGCGGGCAAGGGGACAAGGGGUGGUAAGUUGUCAGAAAAGAAUGUAGAGCAGGUGAAGCCCGGAGCUGGCAUGGAGACUGCGUCUGGUAAUCACCCAUCUACGUCGUCUGCGUCAGGACCGAAGAGGGGAAGAAAGGAGGAUGUGUAGGUCCAAAUAUUGUCGAAGAAAGAAGGAAGAGAACCGAGGCCGCGGAAAUUUCUACAUACACGAAGUUUGUUUUCUUCUCUUGACUGUGUAUUGCCGACCAUGGACCUGGAGGAUCAUGUUUGUAUGUACCCAUAUGUACCACAUACCACAUAUCUACAGUUCCACAGUACUCUGUAGACGAGUGUCAGAUACAUGUAGGAUAAAUCGAUAAGCGUGAUGUCAAG